CUCCGCCACUCCCUUCCGCCCUGUCCUGCCAACCUUCCCGCCUCUCCCCCGCCACCCUCCCGCAUCCGCACCCCACUUCCCAAACUACGCCGCAAUGGCGCUGCUUUUCCGCGCGGCCCAGAGAACCUCCAGCACCGCGCAUCGCGCCAUUCCGCGGCUUCUCCCGCUCCUCGACUCCUUCCUCCCCCUCCCGCGGCGAGCCGCAUCCUCCGUCGCGCCGUCCCCCCCAGUCGCGCCUGUUUCCGCCUCGUCUGCGCCGAGCGUGGCGGAUCGCGCAGUGCACUUUACCGCGAUCGACGCGGACGGGCAGCGGCACGCGGUGACGGGGCUGGCGGGGCGCUCGCUGCUGUCCGCGCUGAUCCGCGCCAAGGUCGAGAGCGCGGAGCGGCACCAGCUGGAGGAGCUCGAAUCGUGCAACGGCAACUGCCAAGUGUCCAUAGCGCAGGAGUGGCAGGACAAGCUGCCACCGCGGACGCAGGCAGAGGAGGAUCGGCUGCGCCAGGUGGCAACUGACGGACAGGUGGCGCGCAGCAGCAGGCUGGGGUGCCAAGUGCACCUGAGCAAGGACCUGGAGGGCAUGACCGUGGCCAUGGCGGAGGAGCGUCCCUGGUACACUCUCUGAUGUUUAUAUUAGCCAUGAAAUGAAGCUGUAAGGGGAGAGGGGUGGGAGGGGGAGGGGGAGGGGGAUGUGUGGGGACAUAGGGGUCAACCUUGAGCUAAAGCGUUCGUUGGACAGCCUCUGAUUUCUGCGGGCUGGGUAAGAUCCCGUCAUGUGCUGCUAGUAAAGGUAGAGUCAGUUGGUGCAGGUGCUGAAGUAAAUGAAAGCAUUAAUUGUUUGUGAGGUAGUAUUUCUCCUAAGAUGUGCUUACCCGGUUGAGCAUUGUCAUUAGAUAGUGUUUAAUUUGACCUUGCAUGCAUCAUGAAUAUG